AUGCGACGGCCUCCUCAAGUGCGGCCGCCUCUUCCAUGCGUCCGCCUCCUCAAGUGUGUCCACCUCAUCCAUGCGACGGCCUCCUCAAGUGCGGCCGCCUCUUCCAUGCGUCCGCCUCCUCAAGUGUGUCCACCUCAUCCAUGCGACGGCCUCCUCAAGUGCGGCCGCCUCUUCCAUGCGUCCGCCUCCUCAAGUGUGUCCACCUCAUCCAUGCGACGGCCUCCUCAAGUGCGGCCGCCUCUUCCAUGCGUCCGCCUCCUCAAGUGUGUCCACCUCAUCCAUGCGACGGCCUCCUCAAGUGCGGCCGCCUCUUCCAUGCGUCCGCCUCCUCAAGUGUGUCCACCUCAUCCAUGCGACGGCCUCCUCAAGUGCGGCCGCCUCUUCCAUGCGUCCGCCUCCUCAAGUGUGUCCACCUCAUCCAUGCGACGGCCUCCUCAAGUGCGGCCGCCUCUUCCAUGCGUCCGCCUCCUCAAGUGUGUCCACCUCAUCCAUGCGACGGCCUCCUCAAGUGCGGCCGCCUCUUCCAUGCGUCCGCCUCCUCAAGUGUGUCCACCUCAUCCAUGCGACGGCCUCCUCAAGUGCGGCCGCCUCUUCCAUGCGUCCGCCUCCUCAAGUGUGUCCACCUCAUCCAUGCGACGGCCUCCUCAAGUGCGGCCGCCUCUUCCAUGCGUCCGCCUCCUCAAGUGUGUCCACCUCAUCCAUGCGACGGCCUCCUCAAGUGCGGCCGCCUCUUCCAUGCGUCCGCCUCCUCAAGUGUGUCCACCUCAUCCAUGCGACGGCCUCCUCAAGUGCGGCCGCCUCUUCCAUGCGUCCGCCUCCUCAAGUGUGUCCACCUCAUCCAUGCGACGGCCUCCUCAAGUGCGGCCGCCUCUUCCAUGCGUCCGCCUCCUCAAGUGUGUCCACCUCAUCCAUGCGACGGCCUCCUCAAGUGCGGCCGCCUCUUCCAUGCGUCCGCCUCCUCAAGUGUGUCCACCUCAUCCAUGCGACGGCCUCCUCAAGUGCGGCCGCCUCUUCCAUGCGUCCGCCUCCUCAAGUGUGUCCACCUCAUCCAUGCGACGGCCUCCUCAAGUGCGGCCGCCUCUUCCAUGCGUCCGCCUCCUCAAGUGUGUCCACCUCAUCCAUGCGACGGCCUCCUCAAGUGCGGCCGCCUCUUCCAUGCGUCCGCCUCCUCAAGUGUGUCCACCUCAUCCAUGCGACGGCCUCCUCAAGUGCGGCCGCCUCUUCCAUGCGUCCGCCUCCUCAAGUGUGUCCACCUCAUCCAUGCGACGGCCUCCUCAAGUGCGGCCGCCUCUUCCAUGCGUCCGCCUCCUCAAGUGUGUCCACCUCAUCCAUGCGACGGCCUCCUCAAGUGCGGCCGCCUCUUCCAUGCGUCCGCCUCCUCAAGUGUGUCCACCUCAUCCAUGCGACGGCCUCCUCAAGUGCGGCCGCCUCUUCCAUGCGUCCGCCUCCUCAAGUGUGUCCACCUCAUCCAUGCGACGGCCUCCUCAAGUGCGGCCGCCUCUUCCAUGCGUCCGCCUCCUCAAGUGUGUCCACCUCAUCCAUGCGACGGCCUCCUCAAGUGCGGCCGCCUCUUCCAUGCGUCCGCCUCCUCAAGUGUGUCCACCUCAUCCAUGCGACGGCCUCCUCAAGUGCGGCCGCCUCUUCCAUGCGUCCGCCUCCUCAAGUGUGUCCACCUCAUCCAUGCGACGGCCUCCUCAAGUGCGGCCGCCUCUUCCAUGCGUCCGCCUCCUCAAGUGUGUCCACCUCAUCCAUGCGACGGCCUCCUCAAGUGCGGCCGCCUCUUCCAUGCGUCCGCCUCCUCAAGUGUGUCCACCUCAUCCAUGCGACCGCCUCCUCAAGUGCGUCCGCCUCUUCCAUGCGUCCACCUCCUCAAGUGCGUCUGCCUCCUCAAGUGUGUCCGCCUCCUCCAUUUGUCCACCUCCUUAA